AGUUCAAAUGGACACUUUGAAUGUUUAUUUGAGAUUAACUAUGGUUUGAACAUUGAUGAUAUAAGAAAUAAACUCACAUUGUCAAUGGAGUUUACAUUUGCAAAGUCUUAUGAUACUACAAAAAUUAAUUUAGCAGUGCGUGUUACUAAACCUAUUACAGAUAUAAAUCUUCAAUUUACUGUAAGUUAUUUGUCAUCUGGUCCAGAAACUAAUGUUCGCAGCAUUAUUAGAUAUGCCACAGGGAAAGAUAUUCAUAUAACACUUGACUUAAAAAUACCCAGAAGUGCUCUCACAUUUAUAGAAGCAAAAUUAAAUGUAACUUUACCAACAUUUCAUCCCAUGGUUCUUGAUCUACAGCUUCAUGAGAAAACUCCAAAUGAAUAUAAUAUUGAUGUAACAGCAUCAUGGUUCAGUGGACAUACAGUAACUGCAAAAGGUUUAUAUCAAGACAAAAGCACACAUAAAGCAUCAAGUCAUAAUGUAAAAUUGUUACUGAAAUCACCAAGUUUUGAAGAGAUAGCUGCAUCCUAUAAAUAUCUUCGAGAUGAAACAGAAUUCAAAGUUGAACUUACGGCGGAUCAUGCUAAAGACAAAUACUACAUAAUUUUAAAACAUGCCAAUCCACAACCAUCUGAUUAUGAAACAUCUAUAGAAUUAAGAAUUAAGUCUCAAGUAUACUCUUUAUUGACUGUAGUUAGUCUUCUAGAGCACCGUCAGAUCACUGCUCAACUGCAUAUUGAUCGUAUACGUGAUAUUCACUUCAUGUUAAGAAGUUUAAACCAACCAGAUAGAAAAGAAGCCAGCAUGGAAGUGAAAUGGGAUGCUAACAGAGAUCCUAGCCAGAAGGUGGCAGUUGCUGUGCAAUAUCUGCAUCCAGAAUCCAUGAAUUACAGUGGUUAUGUUAUGGUAUCAUAUCCAGGCAGAACUAUAAGAGGAAACUAUCUUUUUGCAUUGAAAGAUUCUAGAUGUGAAUCUUCAGCUCACUUAGAAUGGAGUCCAAGAGAUUCUAUUCAAAUCACUGUGGGUGCAAUUUACGAGUAUGAAGACAUCUUGAUGCUUGCUCUUAAGUCUGAGUUACUUACUCCUUUUGAAAGCUGGAAAAGGACUUCUCUUUCUGCUGGAAUUCGCCACCAUGACAAUCUUGUUCAAGCUAAUGCUAGUGUUUACUGGCAUGAUGACCAGAAUGUUGCACUAAACCUCUAUGGAGAUUAUAUGUUAUCAGAUGAAGAGUUCAGUUGUGAACUCAAUGCUUCCAUAAUUAGCACAAUACCUCAGGUGUCCUCAAUGUCAGGAAGUUUCUCUCAUAAACAAAGCAAUAACAAAUAUGAUACAUUGUUAUAUGUACAGCACUAUCCACAAAAGGCAAUUUCCAUUAAGAGCACUUGGCAGCUAGAAGAGGAUGAGAAUUCAUCAAAUUUGACAGGAGUGGUCAACCUACAGUCACCCUACCCAGGUUACAACGAAGGGAUGAUGCGGUGUAGAAUGCAUGUUAAUUCAGCUUGGGAUGUGAAGGGUGCUGCAGAUCUGAUAAUUGAUAGAAGAAAAUAUACUUUCCAAAUUAAUGGAUACGUAAAGAAGUUAACGGAUAACAUGCUUGUGUUUGAAAUUACAACUCCCAUGGAAAACUACAGCAAGAUUACAGGAAGAUUUGGAUAUUCUGGUGAAAGAAAGCAUUUAGUUGCAGAAAUUAGCUCUCCACAUGCACAAAUAGGAAUAGAGAUAUUGUUCCAGUUCCAAAAUACCAACAAUUUUGAUAUAAAAUUUAAUGUAGCUACACCUAUUGAGUUUCUUCAAAAAGCUAUUCUUGUAGCAAAACUUGAAGAAGAAACAGUUGAUUUUCGUUGUGGUUGGAAUAAUCUAACAAUUGGUUUCUUUGGGCAAUGGCACUAUGAAAAUAUAACUGAUUUUGAAUACUGUUAUAAAAUUUUCACACCUCUUGAAGGAUUUCAUGAAAAUGGUGUCAUUGCAAAAUUGAUAAAACAUGAAGGUCUGGAUUUUUCCUUGGGAUUUAAUGUUGGCGAUAAAAAGUUGGGACUCAAAGUAUAUGGUGCGUCAAAUCCAGCUCCACCACCGGAUUUAAAAUUAGCUACAAAACAACUUUAUGAUGAUGAAGCAUAUGAUGAUGAAGAUGAAGAACUCAUAAAUUGGAAGGGCUCCAUUGAAGUAGAUACAUUUUUCCACCCAACCCUUAAAGGCACCCUAGAAAUCGAGGAAAAAGAUACAACUUACAUCGUUGCGUCCACACUCACUCUUCCAAAUGGCACAGCAGUCCUUUUGGAUGAACUGGAUUUUGAAGACGUGUUUACUAUUUCUAACAAAUUUCAUCUUAAAACACCAUACCCUCAGUUUGAAGAAAUACAUUCCACUUAUGAUUAUAAGAUAGAUCUUGGUGUUCAGUUCAAAACAGCUGUUUAUGUUGCAGUUCUUCAUAAUAAACAAUGGAAAGAGGCAGGGGCAUCAGUAAAUUAUACAUAUGAUGGGGAAGAUGAUAGUGCUCUUCAAACUUGGACUGCAUCUGUGAACAUUUUCUCUCCAUUUGACUUAUUAAAGUUCUAUUUAGUGCAAGGAGUUCUGGAAGUUGAAGGCACUGUAUAUCGCACAAAUGUUACCAUGUCUACCAGUGACAGUCGUCUCACAUCCACUGGAUUUUUGCAGGCUGACAAAGACUACUUUGAAUCUGCUCUGAGUUUUGGAAUGGUUUCUCCUGUCUAUACAAUCCCUAGUUUAAGAAUUUCUGGGAAAAGAGAUUUCACACAACCUGAAAAGAGAAUAGAACUUAUGUUAGAAAGUUUACAUCCUCUAGCUGAAAUGUACAAGUUUCAAGGCCAUUGGAAUUUACAAAGUAGACAAAAUUUUGGCCUUGGUAUGACACUCAAUACUCCAUAUGAAUCAAUGCCAUCAGCAACAUUUGGAGUAGCGUACAGAAUGGCAAACGAUAAUAGUACCACUCAGUUGAAUAUUAUUUUGUCUCCUCUUCCUCAACACACUUGGAAACUGGAUUCCAUUGUAAUUGGAGAUCAAAUUUCUACAGAUCUGGAGACACCAAUUGAAAAUUAUAGCAAAUUAGCUCUCAAUGGAACUUUAACAUCAGACAAGGAAAAUUCAUACACAAUAAAAGGAACUCUAAAAUGUGAAAAUAGAAUUUACACUGUGGAUGGAAGUACUUCAGCAAAUGCUGAAUCUCCACUUCAGGCAGAAUUGACCCUUGCUGACCAGAAUGAUGGAAGUGUCAUUCUAAUUCAUGCAAAUAUUAAACCAGUUGAAAAUGGAUUCAAUUUGUCUUGUGGAAUGCAAAAUGGGAAAGAAAACUUUGACCUUCAAGGACAUUUACGAAUGAAAAAUCUUCUUGAUUUUAAUUAUUUUGUUAAGGCAACAUCAACGCAUGCAACGUAUUCACUAAUCUAUUUUGAUGGAACAGUAUUUCAAAUUUCAGAUGGGAAUAUCACUGGAAUAUUUAAUGCUGAUACCUCUCUGCCUGGUUAUAGGAAAAUUAGAUUUUUUAGCAAUAUUUCGCUUAAAGAACAAGCUGGAGCAUUGAAAACAUCUUUGGAAACUGAAACUGUGAAUACUCGUUUCAAUUUGGAAUGGGCCUUAAAACUUUUUGAAAACAUCUUGCUGGCUUUUGAUGGACAUUAUCAAGAUCCUGAAAUAACAAAAUCUGGGACUCUCAAAGUUUUCUUUGCCUUUCCUCGAGGAAAAGGAAAAAAUCCAAGGAAGGAUGUAUCUUUGGGAGCAUAUGUUAAUCUUGACAAGGAUGCAUGGCUAUUUGGCUCAAAUGCAACAUUGUCAUUUUCAACAUCAAUCGAAGAUAUUGAUGUUCAGGCACAUGUGAUACUUCCUCCUCCACGAUAUGAUAUUCAUUCAUUUCAAGGACAAAUGCAUUUUAAUGAAAAAUUUGACGACUUAAAAUUUUUGGCAAAGUACAAAACAGCCAUCACUAAAAAGAACUAUGGAUUAUCCAGCAGGUAUUUGGUUAAAAAUGACAACAUUAAUGGAAACGUUCAAAUGGAAUUUGGACCAGGUCAACUUGAUUACAUUAAUAAUGUUUUUAAUGUGAGACGUGAUAAUACCACAGUUGAAGGAACAUAUGUUUUAACUACACCUUUAUAUGAAGAAAAUACAUUAAGAGCAACUGCUUUAUACAAAGUACUACCGGAGUUCAAUAUUGUCAGAGCACAACUAUUCUAUCCAGAAAGUCAAAAUGUAUCCAAAGUCAUGGUCGAUUUUAAAGAUUUUGGAAAUAUGAAUGGAACACUAAUAUCUAAUACUCCCUUAGAAAACCUUCCUUAUGCUGGUGUUCAUUUCAGAGCAGCAACCAAAAACAUUCAUCAUGAACGUUUUGCAGAAGUAUUUUGGCCAAACAACACAGCUCUCUUUGAUUCAAAAUAUGUGUAUCAAAGAACAACCAGCACAUUUACAACAGAAUUAAAAGGCUCAUUACUAGUUGAAAUUCCUUUAGCUACACGUCAUACAGGGAAGAUUAACUAUAAUUACAUGGAAAAAUCUCUUAAUAAAACAGGACAUGCCUCCAUUGAAUAUAAUGAUAAUCAACUUUUGGAAGGCAAUUACAAAUGUGUGUCAGAAUCGUCAGCUGGAAGAGAAAAGGAUAAGAUUGAAAUUGACUUAGAAAAUGAAUAUUUUCCUCUUGGGAUCUUUUACACCCAUGAAAAUCGGUAUAGUGGUGGAAAUGAAGGAACAAAUCUACCAACAAUAGAUAUAAAACAUGCUGAAGUUUUUAAACUUAACAACAUGACAGCUUUCCAUCUAACAGGUGAACUGAAAAUAAAAACAACUCAUUCUGGACAAGACAUUUUAAUGACAGCAAAACAUCUACAAAGAGUUGUUACAUUACAAACUGAUUAUGAUCAGAAAGAUAAUGAAUUUACGCAUCGAUCAAUGUUAACAUUAGAUCCUGAUUCCUGGGCGAGUUACGAUAUUACUAUUGUUAAUAAAACUACAGAUGAAAAAGAUGAAGAGCACAUAGAUCUCAACUUUGCUUAUCCUCAAAGAAAUUUCACAGUGUCUGGUUAUUAUCAACUUGCAAAUAAUUCGUUAUCAUCAGAAAUGAAAUUUGUGUGGGAUAAAGAGACGAGAAGUGUGGGAACUUCAUUGGAUUGGAAAAGGUUGAGUUACAAACCAAACAAGCAACAUGCAGUUUUCAGUAUUAAGCAUCCUUCUUUUAUCAGAGACAUUACUUUAAAUGGAAUAUACUACAGUGAUGAUAAAGACUUAAUAAAUGUAUCAACAGACCUUGUAUACUCAAAUGAUGCAAGGAAAAAGCUUUCUUUGUCUGGUAAAAUACAAGAUAUUUCUCAGGGAAGAAAUAAAAAGUAUCAGUACCAAAUUUUGGGUUCACAUCCAGCAACAAGGUUGGAUCUCAAUGCAUAUGGAGGAAUAAUUUUGGAAAGAGGAUUUUACAAAACUAAUAAUAAAGCCAGUUAUGGACGCUCAUAUCUUUCAACACAAACUGGAGAAUUAAAUGGAAUGGUAAAUACGCAUGAAAAAGAAAUUGAUUUUGAGAAAAAAACACCGGGCAGUUCCACUCACCUUAAAGGAAAGUUCACGGGAAAGUAUCCUGUUUAUCGAGUAAAUGGCACCAUGUCAAGGGGUCGUUUACUCAAUUCUACUGGAGAUUUUUAUGUUCAUUUUGAAGACAAAAUAUUUUUGGUUUCAGUAAAUACCACACAAGAUGGAUCUGAUAGAUAUUAUUAUAUGGAUGGAAAUAUUCCUGAUUCACGUAAUGCUUUAUUCAAUGUAUGGACUGAUUAUGAAGAUAUUCGAGUAAAUGAUGUUGUUUUCUACUUACGACUCAAUCAUUCAAGGCUGGUGACAUCUAAACUUCGUUGGCGACCAGAAUUGGAAACUGAAAUUAGAGACUAUGUUGAUACAUUUGGGAAGGAAGUGUGGAAUGGAUUUUUUGCUAAUGUGGAAUACUGGAAAAACUAUAUAAGAUCAGAAAUUAAUGAUUCAGUUCAAGAUAUCUGGAAAGAUGCACAACCAAUAAUUCAAGGAUUCCUUGAUGAUGUUGAAGAACUAAAUAGUCUAAAGGAUGACUUUGAAAAGUUUAAAAUUUACUUGAAUGACUCUUACAACAACAAUGAUUUUUAUGUUCAAGACAUUGUUGGUUUCUGCAAUAAACUGGUGGAUGAUCUGGCGAUAAGAGCUCACAUUGAGUCUCUUCCUGCAUUUGUGAAAGAAAUAUGGGAUAUUAUGGGUGAAUCAGGUGAAGCUAUUUUGAAAUCUCUUCGUUGGAUUAUUGAUACAAUCAAGAACUCAUUUCAGAAAGCUGUGGACUUUAUAAACAGUCUCAUGAGAGGAGAUUUGACAUCCAAAAUAUCUGACUUAAUGACUAAACUUGUAGAAAAAUAUGAUAAGUUUAUCAAGGAUCUCCAUGUGGCUUUUGUGAAGUAUAUGAGUGAUCUGUGGCACAAAACAUCAGCCUUAUUGACAGAACACUGGAAUCAUUUUGUUCUGACUGUAGAACCUACAUUUGUAAUGAUUGCACAUUACGUAGAGACAAUUGUAUGGAAUGUUAGUACAGAAGUAUUGGACUUUUUAUACCAACGAAAAACUGAACUAGUGGAAUCACCAUAUUUCUCAAAAUUUGCAAAUUUUACACAAGAUCUGGAUAAGUUUUAUAAAGAUAUAAUGAAAAAUGACAUAAUAACUAAUAUCAGAAAGUACUCCAAGAUAGUUUAUGAAUUUAUCAGAGAUAAAUACUUCGCCAUGGUUCCAUUCGGUAAAGAACUUGAAGAUAUUGCUAAUGAAAUUAUCUCAGAAUUGAAAGUACUCCAAAAAUUACCUUCAAUUAAUUAUGCUAUAGAAAAAUCAAAUGAACUAUAUGAAAAGAUUGUUUGGGUGUAUAAUUAUUUGGAUCUUGGCACAAGAAUCCAGAAAGCCAUUACAUUAGUUCAUCUCAAGAUAACUGAUAUAACUCAAACAGCCUUACAAGCAGAGAACAGGUAUCGAGAAGCAAAAACAUUGUUUAUAUUUGAUCCUGAUAAUGGAUUAGUGAUUCUUGAGCAAAAAUUACCAAUGUCUUGGCAUGCCUUCAAUGAAACUCCAAGAUUUGAGGAAAUUCCUGAAUAUAAAGCAAUAAACGACUUACAAAAUUAUUUUGUUUCAUCAAAUAUAACAUUCUGGACACUCUACUAUGAAUAUAAACCUUACACAGAGCCUUCUAAUUGGCUACCACCAUUUAGUGGUCAAGCUAUCAUCGCAGGUCCUCAGCAUUUCAUGACUUUUGACAGAUCAUUCUAUGAGUUCCAGGGCUCUUGUUCUUACCUUUUAGCUUCAGAUUUUGUGGACAGAAAUUUUUCACUGGCUAUAUCAUAUGAUGUUAAAAAGGGUGAACAUGUUAUCUCGGUAAUCAUAGGUAAAGAGAUCAUCCACAUCGAUAUUUUCAAUGAUGAAGUAACAAUAGAAAGAGGUGAAAACAAGAUGUUGCCAAUUGAAAUUGGGGAUACAUUUAUCUAUCAAGAGGCAUCAAUUGUCACUGUAGAAAGUGAGAAAGGAUUCAAAAUACAGUGUAAUAUGAAAUUUGAUGUGUGUGUGAUAAGUUUAUCAGGAUGGUAUUUUGGCAAGACAGCUGGUUUGCUUGGUACAAUGGAUAAUGAACCGACAAGUGAUUUCCUAACCCCUCAAAAGAUUCUGGAAAAAGACAUUGGAAAAUUUGCACAGAGCUGGGCAUUAAACCGUGAAACCUGUUCUUCUACUAAAAACUUUGCUGUUAUGAAACAAACACCUGAAGAUGCUUUAGUAACCAAAUGUAAUGAAUUUUUCAAAAUGAAGUCUUCUCAAUUCAGUUCCUGUUUCUCCAGGGUUGACUCCACUCCUUUCUUGAAUAUGUGUUUAAACAGCAGAGAUUCUGCUGAUAAGGAUCCAUGUACUGUUGCAGUAGCAUAUAUGCAAGCCUGCACUAUCGAAAACACGCCUUUAAGAAUUCCAGAAUCUUGUGUAAAGUGCAGAAUUCUUGUUCCUGAUAUGGAAGUACCAGAAGGUGAUUUCCGACAGCUUGAAGGUAAUGAAGUACCAAAAUCAACUGAUGUUGUUUUCAUAGUUGAAGCAGGAAGCUGUAAUUCAAAUAUCACAACAGAACGAAGCUUGGAUGCACUCCUUACAUCUCUUAGCAAAGAGCUUACAGGAGCUGGUUUUACAUCAAAUAGAUAUUCUGUAGUAGUAUUUGGUGGAGAUGGUGUAUACAAUCAACCAAGAAGUGUAGUUUUAAACAACAAUGUGUUCACCACACCUGAAGAAAUAUUGCAAUAUUUUGAAAACAUUCCAACAGGUUCAGGAGACAAAGACAUAUUUGGGGCAAUUCGCUUUGCUGCUCAAUUAGUUUUCAGACCUGGUGUUUCAAAAACAUUUAUUCUUAUACCUUGCUCCAACUGCAAUCCAGGAAACAUGACACUUGAUUACAGUGUUCUUCAUCAAGUUUUAUUAGAACGAGGAAUACAGCUACAUAUUCUAAUGAAUGAUGAAUUCAGAUUUCAGAAACAAAAAGCACAAAAGAACUUUUAUGGAAUGGAUAGAGAUAAUGCCUAUACAAAUAAAGAUAUCAAAGAUCUGAAAGGUGAUUCUGAUUUAAAGAGACAAGUUCUUCUUCCGAAGUCAAAACUUGGAGUCUGUACAGCACUGGCUCUGGAGACAAAUGGCACUGUGUUCACUGCAAAACGCCUUCAAGGAGACAAGAAAAAUGUGGUUAAGAAAUUCGUUACAGUGUUUGCAAAACGUGUAGCACAAACUGCAGAUCCUUACCCUUGUCAAAAAUGUGAAUGUACAGCUGACAAUAAUGGAAUAAGUUAUAUGGAAUGUUUCCCUUGUGAAUAUCCACAACCUUCUCAAUACAAUUAUAAUUUUGAUGAAGAUCUUGAUAUAUCAGCUAUAUCAGCAAUCGCCGAUGAAGAAGAAGCAGAUUAUUUAGAUGAAGAUAUAUAAUGUACAAAAUACUGAGUUAUAAAAAAAUGUUUAACUAUUAAUUUCAAAGUAGAAUACUAGUACAUUCCAAGUUCUGACUGUGAUGAAAUGUAAAAAGCCUACUUUUUAAAACCUAGAAAAAUUACUAACAAUAUAAAUUAUUAUGUGAAACAACGAUAAUUCCAAUAACCUAAGAGUCUCUUGACAAAUUGAAAACAGUGAUCAGCAGUAUACUUGCACGGUACAAAACAUAUUUAUAUAUAUAUAUUAUAAAUGUUUAUAUUUAUUCACUACAACAUCAUUACUUCAUGAACAUCCAUUCCUUGCACAAUAAUUAUCAUUUUUCAUGUAGAUUGUAAGUAUAAGGAAAAUUUCAAAUGUUUCAGUUUGCAAUUUUGUAUUUACAACUUUGUACUAGAAUGAACUGCUGAUACAAAACUGUGAAUGGAUGUGUGAAUGAAUGAGCAGAAAAAUAAACUAAUAUUAAAUAAAACAAA